AUGUUAAAAUUGAGUGAGCAAAGUGAAAUAGUGACAGAAGUAGUGACGAUAAAUGGAGGUGUUGAGAAGCGAGAGUUUUCGAAAGAUGAAAAACUGAGUGGGACAAAAGAUCCUUUGUGGCGGGUCACAGACAUAUUUUCUCAAAACAAAUAUUUUCUUCGACAAUAUAGUAAAUCGCUGUUUGUUGAUGAAAGAGAGAAAACCAAGUUUGUGACUGACAUUCAAAUGAAUCUCAAAAUUAAGAAUUCACGCAUUUGUCAAUUAAAAAGUGUCUUUGAAGAUCAAGAGAAUGUUUUUGUACUCCACGAAUACUGUGACAUGAAAUCGCUUCAAAGUAUUUUUGAGGUAAAAGGACCCUUUUCUGAACCCGAAAUACAAUACUUCAUGAGAGAAGUCCUUGAAGGCCUCAGUUAUUUGCACUCACAAAAUCUCGUUUACAACGGUCUUGUACUUCAAAAUGUGUUGCUCAACAAUUUGCACGUGAAAUUGUCACACUUUGAUGCGAUUUCAUGUUACACAACAACAACCCCAACUCACAACUCUUCUUAUGACAUUUGGGCCUUUGGUGUCAUGGUCUAUUUUCUUAAAUACGGCGAUGUCCCUUACAUCUCAACAACACCAAAUGAAUUAGAAAAGGAGUUGCAAACACCAAAAGACUUCCUUGUGUUUCCAGACUCUCAAGACAUUUCAGAAGAAUUUAAAGAUAUCAUCACAGCCACCAUCCUCACACCAGAAAACGUCACAGUCGACGAUUUAAUUCACACGGAUUUCUUCGACUUGGCUAAGAUCCCAUCGUUUCUCCCACAAAAGUGUUUAACUUCGGACGUCAGUUGUUACACUUUUAUUGUUGGGAAAGUGACACAAAAGGCGGAUGAUUUGUUAAGCAGAAUUCAAGACAUCAUGAAGUUCAUUACUAACAAUACAAGCACAAGUGAAGCGCCUUUUGUGAAGAAUUUUCGGCACAAUUUCGUCGGGAGGUAUGUCGAUGAAAUCAGUCACAACGGAUUUUUCUAUCAAUUUGAAGACGGGAUAAUGGGGGCCUAUUUUAGCGAUGGAUCUAAUGCGUUUAGUAUCGAUAGAAGGUAUAGGUACUACAGAACUGAUUUCAGUCGAAUCGACAUCAAUCGCGACGAGCUGAGAGAUCACUUCUAUCAGAUGAAAGAGCAGAAGACUCCAUUAACUUCAAAACAAGAAGAGGAAUACGACUUAUAUAAGAAGUACCAUUUCCUCAGAAUGAUGAGUGAGAAUUUCACUGAGAAACUUAUGAAGUCGCACACCUACACGACUUCAGUGAUCUUAAAGAUCUUACAUAUAGAUGACGCACUUGUUUUAGUAUUUGCAGAUUACACAUUAGAAAUAGUGUAUGAUUCAAUCGUUGAGAAAAAGAAUGACAGUGAUGUCUCAGAAGUCGAUUGUGCAUAUAUGGUUAUCGUAAACAGGAACGACAUAACUGUCUUCAUCAGUGGCAUCUUUUAUAACGUCGGCUUUGAUAUGCCAAAGAUAUAUGAAAUCGACAAAAACGUCGAGAAACAUUUGAGCAUUUUGCUUCGUGCAUUAGAAGAGAUCCAGUCUGACAUCACAAAGAAGAUAGCACAGCGGUUUGUUGAUUGA